UUGACAGGUGCCGGAGCAGGGUUCAUCUAUUCAACCUUAUCCGUACUCAGAGCGAAUAUAAUCCUGUACCCUGAGCUGUACCCCCUUAGAUUAGGGAUAUCACGUAGGAAUAAUGAACUACAUACUCUGCCACGUGUCUCAUUAUCAAACACAACCCAAUUCUUAUUUACUGUCUUGUUAAUGACGCUACCGUUCCAUUCGUGCGUUGCUGUCUCCUCUCAACUCUCCGCGUAAAUCCCCUUCUUCCCCCCGGCCCGGCCCGACCCGCCGACACACCGGAUGGGCGCCCGGUAUCCCACGGUCCGUCAGUUUACUGUUGACGUUCAAGGAGUGCAGACGUGUGUGGAAAUGUACCUGAAGAUCAAAUGAUUUCAAAAAUUAAAGAAAAUGUUGAAGCAUUGUCAUUCUCGGUCUGGUUUCCCAACCGGCUCUCCAACCUCGAUAUCAAACAGCCUCUCCUCUUUAGAGUGCUCCCAGAGUUCGGGCUCCGAGGUCAGUUUUGAUGCAAGUUUUGGAUCAUCCUGCACCCAGUCUCCUGUGCCCUCAGAUAUGUCAAGCCGAGGAUCUCUAACCUCAAGUGAACCUCACUCCAUGUGCUCCAGUAGUUCCUCUCCUCCCUCCAACUCCAGAGUAUCAAUCAAAGUGUUUGCGUCCUGUCUCCGACCUGACAUUGAAUACAAGACCCUAUGUGUCAGCCAUAACACGAGGUCUAGAGAACUAAUCUGGCAACUGCUUGCCAAGUUUAAGAUGAAACACCGGGAUCCAAAACUAUUUUAUCUAACCAUGGAUAUAGUGAUAAGUAAGGCUGGAGAACCUGUAUCCCGAACCCUGGUUCUAGACGAGGAUGCUCGACCUGCUGAGCUAGCUCUAUGCAACCCCUGGGGGGAGUGUAGGUUCACCCUACAGAUGAAGAAGGGUGGACUAGUGAGAAUCCAUGAUAGUGUUCUAAUGAACGAAUCUCAGUAUAAAAGUUUACUGAUCAGUGAGGAUACAACUGUGGAGGAUGUAGUGAGAAUACUCCUCCACUGUUACAACCUGGAGAGAUUUCAAAACAAUAAAUUUAGUCUCUAUGAACAUUGUAAAACACAGAACUAUGAGAGAAAACUAAACUACGAGGACCGUCCUCUCUCCGUCCAGGACUCAUGGUUGGAUCCUUCGCAGUUUCGUCUUGUUCUCAGACGAACUCCAAACCUUGUACCUAGACGAGGGAGCAUACAUCAACUUGGACUCCCAUCCGUCCCUGUCCACUCCCACGCAACCACAGACAUGGGAGCCAGGGCCAUACAGGCCAACCUGGUGGAGAGGUACAGCAAGUUCUGCCAGAAGUACGAGAGUUAUUUCUACGUUUAGAACUCGUGAUUUAAAAAGAGUGAUGAGUCUCCAAGAUGUGACAAUGUCAAGGCAUUUACUCAAUUGUGUUUAAAAGUGCGCAGAGUUAAAGAGAAGAAGGAUGACUCCCUUCUUUUACAGUUAUUUUACCAUUUCUAGAUGGUACUGAUGCUAUCUCUCCAAUGUAAGGGUGUAUCAGGACCCCGUGGUGGGUUAUCAACCCUGAGCUGGUACCUAUAUUGAUAUUCUGACAAUCUGAUUUCAAAGACUUGCAGAUUUUGACAAUAAGUCCUUGUAUUAGUCUGUGGAGAGAAAAAUCUCGUUGAUGAAACACAGCCCUGAGAGAAACCAAGAAGUUUUCUGGUUCCUGAUCAAGUUGAAGCAGGGACCAAGAGCGCUCUUGUAUCUUCUGAUAAACCUUGUUACAUGAUUAUUCUAGUCUAUAUUCUCCCAAAGAUAAUGUUAAAGCUUUAAUUUAUAUAAUAAAUAUGAUUACUAUUGAA